AAGGGAUUUGGUUUGAUUUGGUGCAAUACUUUAAGAGCUAUUGAAGAAACAUUCUGUCAUUUGUUGACGGUCCCUAAAUAUGAACAGAGCGAAUGUCUGUCGAAUAUCCAACCUAAAACUAACUUCACCGCAGUGAUUCAAGGGUGUAAAUGGUCCGAUUCAACUUUGUUUAUAAUGAAUGUAGUCAAUAUAUCCUUAAAAUUAUUGUAUUUUUAUUUUUUUCCUAUUUUUCUCCUCUUUUUUUCUAGUCUAUGUUAAUUAAGACAAAGUAAACCUAUGCCUUGGACAGUAUCUGUAGUUUUCUCUUGAAUUAUUGUACUGUGUUCAGUGUUAAUAAAGUUUUGAAGAAAAAACAAACAAACGAGCUUGGUUUAAGAAACUGUUCUGCUCAUGCGCAUGCCGUUGAAAUGGACCUUUGUCCAUGGACGUUGCUGCGCAUGCGUGCAGCAGACACCUUGCCUGCCUUGGGCGUGUACCGCUGUCAAACAGAAUCCUCCCAUAGAUUCCUCCACCGCUCUUCCAGGAAAUUCUCGUUAGAGACUGCUCUGAGUCUCAGGAAGAAACAACGGGCUAGCGCAAGUUUUCAUCCAAGAUUUGGGAGUUCAUAAUUAAACCAAAGAGUUAACGAAAAUUGGAAACAUCGCAUUUAUUGGAAGUCGGCAUCAUGUCCAAGUCAGACUAUCCUCCGGAAUACAACGCAACCCAUGGACCUAUGUACCCACCUCAGGGCUCUAACUACCCCCAACCCCCUGCGUAUGGUUUUCCCGGCUAUGGCGGUCCCCAGCCCGGCCCGCCUUCUGCACCAUAUCCCACUUCUUUAAACGCUCCUCUGUUUCCCGGACAACCAGGGGGGUAUCCCCCAGGCCCUUACCCCGGACAGCCCCAACCUGCCGGGCCUCCAGGCUACCCCAACCCACCUCCCAUGCCACCCAUCAUCCCACCUACCAUACCAUCGGAUAUGCUUGCCACUGCAGAAGACGACUUUGCUGCAAGAGGCAGUGACUGGAGCGAUGUGAGCGUCCGGCACACCUUCAUCAGAAAGGUGUACUUAAUUUUGGCGUCUCAGCUCCUCCUUACUACCGGCAUUGUUGCCAUUUUCACAUUUGUCAAUCCGGUCAGAACUUUUGUAAGAAACAACCCAGCUGUGUACUGGGCUUCAUAUGCUAUAUAUCUAGUCACCCACAUUGUGCUGGUGUGCUGCAAGGGCCCCCGGAGAAAGCAUCCAUGGAACAUUAUUCUGCUGUUCAUCUUUACUCUGGCAUUGUCCUACAUGACUGGAACCAUUUCCAGUUAUUAUGACAUAAAAUCGGUGUUCUUGGCUCUGGGGAUCACUGCUGUCGUCUGCAUCGCCGUCACAGUCUUCUGCUUCCAGACAAAGGUUGACUUCACCAAAUGCCAGGGCCUUUUCUGCGUGCUUGGGAUUGUUAUGCUUGUGACUGGGAUCAUCACAGUCAUCGUGCUGUCGUUCAAAUACAUUCCAUGGCUGCACAUGCUGUAUGCAGCUCUUGGAGCCAUCGUCUUCACUCUGUUCCUGGCAUAUCACACGCAGCUUCUGAUAGGAAACAGGAAGUACUCCAUCAGCGAGGAGGAGUACGUGUUCGCCGCUCUCUCCCUCUACGUCGACAUUGUACAAAUCUUCCUUUUCAUACUGCAGAUUAUCGGCGCCUCCAAAUAAGAUUCCCAAAUGUUGCUCAGAAUCUGGGUUUGUGGAUGAAGCCUUAAGCAACAAACUAUUUUAUUUUCAUAUUCCUUCAUAGAUUCAAGUAAAGCACCUAAGGGCUAAAUAUUUUACAUUCAACAGUGUAAAUGAAACUUUCACACUAAAUUUUUUUUACGGAUAAUUUAGACAUUUAUAGAUGUAUAUAUUUCAAAGUAAAGCUAGAAUGGAUCUGUUUACUUAAUAAACUUCUUGUAUAUUGAUGAGCUGUCCUGGAUAGAGAUGACAGAUUUUUUUUUUUCAAUCUUAAGAAAAUAGAAAAUCCACAAAUGUGUCACCACAAUUGUUUUUAGUUUUGUACCCACAAGUACUAUUUUUUUGUUCUGUUUACAUAAAGUUACAAACCUUAAACUUCUGUUAUUGUGUUUUAAGCUGUUCUGACGGUUCCAAGUUGUGCUAUGAAGGACGCUGUUUUUAUUUUUGCAAUUAUUCUCAUAUAAAUAGACAGGGUGGUUUUCUACUCAGGAAAACACAAUCAGAACCAAAUUGUUCACCUUUCUCAUGCGGUCCAGUCGAGGACUGUAAGGCGCCAACGGUUUGAAGCUGAGCAGCUGUAAAUGCAUAUUAGCAAUGAAGAGACACUGUUACUUGUUCAUAUUAAAUACAAAACUUUUCUUUGAGAGGUUUCAUUCGUAACAUAAAUGAUCUCUGUUUAAAUACACUCUUUAAAACUGA